AUGGAGCUCGACGGCAAGUACAGCAAGGACCAGAGCCUCCUCAAGUGCGACUGCCUCCUCUUCGACCUUGAUGACACGCUAUACCCGUUCAACUCCGGCAUUGCUGCCGACAUCAUGAAAAACAUCCAAGAUUAUAUGGUGCACAAGCUCGGCGUUCAGGAGUCCAUAAGCUUGGAGCUAUGCGUCCUCCUCUACAAGCAGUAUGGAACUACCAUGGCUGGCUUGAGGGCUGUUGGGUACCAGUUUGAUUACGAUGACUACCACAGCUUUGUCCAUGGAAGGUUGUCUUAUGACAAAAUCAAGCCUGAUCCUGUGCUUAGGAACAUCCUCCUGAGCUUACCCAUUCGCAAACUUGUGUUCACAAACGGUGACAGAGCCCAUGCUUCAAGGGCCCUGAAGAGGCUUGGGAUUGAGGAUUGCUUUGAAGGAGUCGUCUGCUUUGAGACACUGAACCCGACAUCUCCUCCUCCUAUCCCAGCUGAGGAACUUCAAAUCUUUGAUAUAAUGAAGCAUCUGGUUCAUCCACAGCCUGGGGUGGAGCUACCAAAAUCACCUAUCCUGUGCAAACCGUCAAGGGUGGCAAUGCUGCAGGCCCUCAAGGUCGCCUCCAUCAAUCCACAGACAACUAUAUUGUUUGAUGACAGCUUCAGGAACAUUGAAGCUGCAAAGCAAAUUGGAAUGUGUACUGUCCUGGUUGGAACAUCUGAGCGGAAAAAAGGUGCUGACCAUGCCUUGGAAAGCCUCCACAACAUGAAGGAAGCACUGCCUGAGUUGUGGGAAGAAGCUGAGAAGGAUGAAGAUGUGAGGAAUUCGAGCAAAGCCAGAAUCGAGACAUCGGUGAUUGCAUGA